AUGGAACAAAGCUCCGAUCACAUGGUUUCAGAUGAUAAUUUCGUCCUCCGGUGGCCAGAAAAUUUACCGCUUGAUGCCGGUGCACCGCUUCUAUGUGCCGAAAUCACCACUUACAUCCCUCUCAGAUACUUCGCACCUGAUAAACCAGGGAUGAAAAUCGGUGUUGUUGGUCUUGGUAGACUUGGGCUGUUGGGCAUGUUGAUGAGAAGAUGGCGAAAGCUUUUGGUGCAGAAGUUACUGUUUUCAGCACUACUCCUGCUAAGAACCAAGACUUACUCCAAGGACUUAAAGCUGACCAUUUUAUUGUUAGCAAAGAUGAAAAACAGACGCAGUACACUUGAUGUCAUCAUCGACACAGUGUUUGCAACUCAUCUAAUUGCGCCAUUGUUGAAUGCACUGAAAGCUCAAGGAAAGCUUGUGCUUAUUGGUGCACCAGAGAAGUCACUUGAAGUAGUAGCGUUUUCUUUGAUUAUGGGUAAGUAUUUUGUGUUUUGCUUUAAGCUUUUGAAAUUGUCCAAUUGGAUAAAAGUGGUGGAAUUGAUGGAUUUUGAUAGGGGGAAGAUUGUUGGUGGUAGAAACAUUGGAGGGUUGAAGGAGACUCAAGAGAUGCUUGAUUUUGCAGCAGAGCAUAGGAUCACGGCAGAUGUCUGUGAUACUGAUAGAUUAUGUGAACAAAGCCAUGGAAAGGAUUUUGAAAUCUGA